CAAGUCCAGACGGAUUACACCAAAUAUCCGAUUUUCACAGCAAAUAUUCCGCCCGGUAACCCUAGAUCAACAGCGCCAAGCAUUUCUUCAAGAAAACUUCCAGCGUCUUUGGGACUUCUCAAGAUCAGUUUAUUUUCCAUGUUCGUGGUGUGAACAGGUUUGGCCGCGUGUACUUGAUCCGCACUUUGGUUUGCGCUUUCUUCGCCGGACAGAUCCGUAGAUUUGCGAUCGCUUCUUUACGCUUUCACGCUUUGAUGCUGUCGUCGCCGUCGCAGCCGCUUAUCACUCACCUAAUCGAAGUCUGCCUUCAAGAAUAAUAAAUUGGCUGGCAGGUAAUCGACACCUUGCCGGGUCCCAGCCGCACCGACGAGGGUGUGCUCAAGUGAAUAGAGUUUAAUCGAAUUGCACUCAAGUGAUUUGUGUGCAACAGGUUUUGGGUUACCUGAGCCCGUGCGAAUGCGAACCCAUCCCGUCACGACCUUCGGCCGUUUGCUCCUCCGCAUCGCGUUUUUACGGCGGGCGGGGUGUGUUGAGCAGGAGGACGCGUUUGCCACGACCACAGUCGGGUGCGUGAGUGCAUUAAAUGCAACAAAUACCGCGUUCAGUGAUGCACGUAAUUACAUAUUUUUGCUAGAAACCUGUCUUCCCGUGAAUUGAUACUCUCCGCGUACGCGAGCGGGGCGCCGCGCUGUGACAUUCAAUUCAAUCCUUGUUUCUCCAGAGAAUGAUUUUCACCCUUCCUUGGCCAUAUGUGAAUCCCUGAAUGUGCCUCUGUGGUCCUUGUGGUUCGUGAGUCUUUUGUUUCAAUUUUGGUGCAAUUGAGCGUGUAAAGUGAUCGAUAAGGUUUGGGUUUCUCAGGUGAAGGAAUUUAUUGUGUCUCGUUUUUCCCAUGGGAGUUUGUGUGUGGUAACACGAAAGGUUCGAGCAGGAUCAAAUUACGGAGACGCCAGACUGGAUAUCGUACUCGUAGACUAAGUGGAUUAACAACUUCAGACUUCUUGGAUUGACGACUAGCGCUAUGGAACAAAUGGUCGGCGACACACGAAACUAAAAUAGAUUACCAUGAUGAUAACCUCUCAAAUGCCAUCAGACCAGCGUUUCUAAUCACGACUAGAUCGCAGAAACCCACUCGCAGCAGGAUGUCCUCUCAAUCGCACGUCAAUGAUAUUUCAAACUCUGCAUCGAAUGAACAACCCGCCUCGCAGACGUCGUCAUUUCAUCCACCGCCUCCGCCACCCCCAAACCCAUCAUGCCAUCACUUACAUCAGCCCCACGUUGUGGCCUCGGCCACAACCAGUCAGCCUCCUCGAGCGUCCUCCCCGUGUUCGUGUGCCCACCACUUUCAUCACAUGCAUCAUCAUCAUCCUGGGCAUCACCAUCCGUCAUCGGGCGGUAUGCUAGCUGCACCCCAGUCGCCGCAUCACUACCACCCGCCCUUGUCGCCAGGACAUCCGACAAUGCGUUGCAUAGGCUCUUCCGCCCCCUCACAUGAAGACUCCGACCGGCAGAUUAGCGGGGAGCAACAUGUUGCCGUCACAGUACAUCAACAGCAGUCACAUCAGUACCAGGCCCUCGACUCGCCGGGGGAGGAAUCCUGCGACUGCAAUCAAAGCAGUCAGGAGCAAAGUGGUCGAAGUUCGAGGAUCGUGUCGGCUGAUGAAACGUUACCGAGUGGUUCGGAGGAUAAUGGCAGGCGAAAAUGCACGCACAGGAACAACAGAUUAAAUGCGACUACGGAACAGCAACGGCAUCUCAAGAAUGGUCCUGCGAAGUCCUCGCAAGUGUCUAGCAGUACUGACGAGAGGAAUUACUCGAGUCAAAUCGAAGUUUACAGUGAUGGCACGGAUUCAGGCGUGAAAGUGACUGACGGUGCCACAUCAGAGGAGGAUCAAGGACCACCGUUACCACCUCGACCGCCGCCCCGACCGCGAAAUGUUCCAGCUAGUGAGAAUGCUCCUCAUUCAACAGGUGUUCGAAAGUAUGUCAUAUGGUGCCUGAUAGCCGGAGUUACAUCAUGUUUACUUGGAACGAUGUUUCUAGCAGUUUACUUCCUGUUACGAUCAUAUACAAGCACAUUGGGCUACUUCGAGACUGUACCAACAUUUGUACCUGCUACCCUGCUGAUCCUGACGGGUGUUUGUAUAAUGAGCUUGGCGCGGCGGAGAAAUCGAUACAGUUAUUUGAUAAAACUUUCAGGAGCUUGCGGUCUAGCGUCCGCCCUCACAUGUGCCUUGGUCACUGUCACGACGACAGUGCUUCAUAUGAGUCGUUUGCAGGCAUUACGAGAAUGCGAAUACACCCAGAAGACAAGGACAUGCACGUGCUACUCAGUCAUGAUUGAAUCUCAAGUGGAUGGUGUUGAUGAAGACCGCAACGGCGUCCGAUUUGUAUUUGAUUCGACGGCUGAUUGCGGGGUCGUUCACGGGGCGCUGUACUCCUGCUUGAGGGCGGUGUUUGGAUUGUCCGUGGCUGGAGUCCUGGCAGCUGUAUUCAGUUGUAUGCUUGUUUAUCAACUUUUAAGCCAUGAACGCAAGAAGAUGUACUGGGAACAACUCGAACUUCGCUGCCGUUCACUAUACGCAAGUCAGCAAGGGCCUCCUCCACCGCCCCCUUGCCCACCAAAUGGUCCAUCGAUAAUCGGUACACCGCGAGCAAAUGCUUGUCGUUGCUGUGAGCAAUGCCACUCUCAUAGAAAUGCUAUGCCUACUACAUAUCCUUGGGACGGCGAACAAAGAUUUUGGGCUCCUGGGCAGCCGGGAAACUUCUAUUCUCCAAACCCCGGCGGAGAUGAACUAGCGAAUUCCAAUCGAGGUAUGAGUACUGGAAAUCAGCGUCGAGGGAUUGGUUGGAGCUGGCCCCGAAUGCCCUGGCAACGUAACGAUACAAAUCGAUUUCGCCAAACACCAUCUAGUCCAGACUCCCAGUAUGGAUUCUCGAAUACACCAGCAGGGCCUGAUGCACCCGGUAUGACAAGCAGCCAAGGAGGAUACAGUGUUAUAGGAAGCGUUCCAUAUGGUGUAUGGGGACCACCGCCACCCUACAGUGAUCCUAACAGCCCAGCACGACGAGGAAGAUAUCAGUAUGUUCAUCCAAAUCAAUGUCAAACAAUGAUGGAUCAUCAGAUCCCUCAAACACAGCAGAAUAUACCAAAUAUGGAAUGCCAUCAACACAGCUCUUCAACCGAUAGCCAUUCAAUGGAACCUUUUUGCCCGCAACAGAAUCGAAAUGUGAUCAAGAGGCAAUCGGGUUUCAAAACCAAAGAUAAUUACGAAAACACGCCUUCAGAUAGCGAUGGUCCUAGAGAUCGUUUUUCAAAUACCUUACCUGUUCGGAAAACCAAGAAACGAGUGGAAACAGGGGCGAAAAGCAUAGGACCGAACAGCCAACCGUCGAACCGCGUUAAUGUGCAAAAUGUGUUCACACCCAUCCGACAGGAUCACAUGGAACACGAAUAUCACGAGCCAGGGAGUAGUGGAUGCGACCAAAAUAAUGGCGGACAAGUAUGUCAUUCAAAAAGCAAAAGAAUGAAAACUGGCGUUGAUAAUACUGGAUUUCAAAACGUUGAAGGGGUGAUACACGAGGGCGAAAAUUGUGUUCGUGUUCUUGAACCUACAGAAUCAGAAGUGUAUUUCGCUGACGUUAGUAGCUGCUGUAAUAUAUCUGUAAAAAACGACAACUACUACGAUGAUGCAAAUCAGCGUCGAGCAUCAAAGGAAAAAGAGGAGACUAGCACUAAGUUUAAUAAGGAUGAGAAUGAAGACUAUUUAGCCCAAAGAUUUGGUAAACGAGAAGCAUCCGUUCGAAGUCGUUUACCAUUUCCUCAGAUGAUUCCUGAGGAUUAUGAGAAGCCUCAAAUGAAUUUACCUAUAGUUGCGCCUCGAACGAGUCUUAUACCGAAGGAUGUCUCCAGACAAAGUAUGUGCUCUGUAGAUUCGGGCGAGAAGACAGACUUCACUGACCUCUCGCCCGCCACUCCAUGCACAAACUUCGUUUCGCAGCACUUUACUCAGAAUAAUUUCUCACCUAAUCAGAAUCAAGAUAUGAAUGAGGCGAAUCCUUCUACUUUUGUAGCAUCUUUCCCAUUUUCAUCCAAUGAACAAAGCCAAGAGGCACAUCGUCGUUCCACAAAAAAUUUACAGGAAGUAUUCCUCGCUCCUGACGCUCAAUAUGAAGUUAUCAAGGACACCAAUCAGUUCGAAAGCACACCACUAACUCUAAGCACGUACGACCAAGACCUGAGUUAUAACAACAAAUCUAGUCACUUCCACAAACCGAAGUCGCCGAAGAACUUAAAUUUAACACCCAUAAAGCGGCAGAACAUAGGCGCGAAUAUAACCACAAUUAUUCAAAAUCUAGGAGGUAGUGAUGUUGGCCUGCUGUAUCCAGAUAACCGGAGGAAUUCUGAUCACGACAUUCAGGAGAGGAAGCAGAGUCAGCAACAACAACAGCAGCAGCAACAGCAACAAAAACUGGUUGGGCAGGUGUCCUCGGACAACGAGUGGUCCGACCAGAGCGACAGGAGAUUGUGAAAAGAGAUAUUUGUUUAGUAGAAUAAAUUGAUAAUUGUAGGAACCUUAAUAGCUAUUAUUAAAUAUUAGGAUAUAUAGUAUAUGAAAAUGUAUGUAACUGAAGAUGUUUAGUCAUAAGGAUACGUAGGACUUAGAGAAAUGGUUCGUGUUGUAUAGACUAUCUCCCGGCAUUUCCAUUAAGUUAGUUAAGUUGUUAUUUCUGUAGAAGUAAAACAGUAUAUGCAGGCGACAGAACACUUAGUAGUAGGGCUCCACCAAGGGAGCUUUGUGAAUUUGGAAACCUAAUUUCAUUUUCAAACAAUAUUUCGUACUUUCUUAAAACUGAAAAAAAACGAUUAGAUUUGAUUCGCGCGUUAUUUACGGGUAUAUCCUUAGUAUCCUCACCCUUAAAGGUAACUACUCCGCUAAUAUUACUUCGCUACAACGGAAUAUUAGCCGAAUUUGUCGUCUGCAUUGCGAGAUUUUAGGUUUCUAAAUAACUUUACUUAUGUACAUUUGUUUUAAAUACUCAUUUCACUGGAACUAUGCCGGAACUAUCAGCGGAACACUCGUAGUCAAAUAAUGAAGAUUAUGUGGAAAUAAAAGACUUUUUCUAUCCAUUCUUAACCACUUGUAAAUAAAAGUAUACGUAGCUGAAAAUGUAGAUCAAGUCUCCUAGAGGCAAUUCUUGUUGCAAAGAUAUAGUAAUUUUAUAAAGUUAAGAACUUAUGCGUACGCCGCGUGCUUGUCCCUUUUUAUUCCCUUUCCCAACCAUUAGGAAAAUAAUUUCCGUUCAUAUUCAUCGUGUAUACCCAAAUUUUCAAAAAAGCCUUCUUGCUUAGAACUUUAUAAAAUUCGAAAUAAACCAAAUCACCCGAACCAGAUUUUGUAAAACUCCCAAAACUACCCUUACUUUUAUAUAGUCUUCAGUUAUCUUAUCCUGAAAUCAUACAAACUACCCCGACAAAGAGUUUAUCUUACUUUGCCAAUAUUUAAAAAGAGUAAAUGUGACAGCAUAAAAAAAUGAAGAGCCGCAUCCCAUGCAAUUUUCAGUCUAUUUUUCGAAAAGUAUCUGUAUCUAUUCCAGUCUUUUAUCGUAUCUAUCGCGUCCAAGUUGCAUUUCAUCACCGAAAAUAAAUGUACAAAUGAACCUACUAACACUCACACACACACAAAAAAUAAAUAGUUUAUAGACGUUCAGCCUCGUUACGAAAAUUUCAGAGAUUAUUUAAUUUUUUGCGCAUCUAUUUCGUUAAAUUCCACAUAUUUGUGAAUUUACCUACUUACCUAUAAUAAAUAUAACGUAUGUAUAUUGUAUAUAUAUACAUAGAUGAAUUUGGUCUACAGAUAGACCCUCCGAUACGUCCUUCCUAUAUUUUUUGAAAUAACCUUUGAUUGAUUAGUUAGAUUAUUAUUUAAUUCAAUAAAAGAUAUGAAUGAUUAUUACUGUUAAAAAUAAAGCAAAUGUAUAAAUAUAAAGAAAUUAAAAUGAGAAAUAAAUAAAAGACAAAUAAAUGAUUACAUUU